ACUGAAAGCACAGAAGACACUGGCGACUGCUGUCCUGAACUGGGCUCCGGAUAUUUCUUGCGCCAUAGACCUCCCUCCCUCCACCUGAGACACACAGGUGACAUGGCGGAGAAGGUGCUGGUGGUCGGCGGGGGCGGACGGGAGCACGCGCUGGCCUGGAAGUUGGCCCAAUCGCCGCAGGUCCAGCAAGUCCUGGUUGCCCCGGGUAACGCAGGCACGGCCGGCUGUGGGAAGAUCUCCAACUCUGAGGUGUCUGUGAGUAACCACGCCAUUCUGGCUCAGUUCUGUAAGGAUCACCACGUGGGGCUGGUCGUGGUCGGGCCGGAGGUGCCUCUGGCGGCAGGUAUGGUAGAUGACCUGACGGCAGCAGGAGUGCCCUGUUUCGGCCCGUCGGCCAAAGCCGCUCAGCUGGAGGCCAGCAAAAGCUUCUCCAAGGCCUUCAUGGAGCGCCACGGCAUCCCCACGGCCCGCUACGGCUCCUUCACCGCCCCCGAGGAGGCCUGCAACUACAUCCGCACGGCCGACUUCCCGGCGCUGGUGGUGAAGGCCAGCGGGCUGGCAGCAGGGAAGGGAGUCAUCGUGGCAGGAGACCGGGAAGAGGCCUGUCGGGCUGUGAUGGACAUCAUGAAGGACCGAGCCUUUGGCUCUGCAGGGGAAACCGUGGUGGUGGAGGAGCUGCUGGAAGGAGAGGAAGUGUCUUGCCUUUGCUUCUCUGACGGCUCCUCGGUGUCACCGAUGCCUCCAGCACAGGAUCACAAGAGGCUGCAGGACGGAGACCUGGGGCCGAACACCGGCGGCAUGGGGGCCUACUGCCCCACCCCCCAGGUGAGCCAGGAGCUGCUGCAGCAGAUCAGAGACACGGUCCUGCAGAAGACCGUGGACGGGAUGAGGGAGGAGGGAACUCCUUAUGUGGGUGUUCUGUAUGCAGGGCUGAUGUUGACCAAGCAGGGGCUGAAGGUCCUGGAGUUCAACUGUCGCUUUGGAGACCCCGAGUGUCAGGUGCUGCUGCCCCUCCUGAAGAGCGACCUGUAUGAAGUGAUCUUGAACACCAUGAGUGGCAAACUGGUCUCCAGCGCCCCCGUGUGGCACCAGGACAGCUCUGCGGUCACCGUGGUGAUGGCCAGCGCUGGGUACCCCGGCUCCUACAAGAAAGGAGUGGAGAUCACAGGCUUGUCCCAGGUCCAGGACUCGGGGGUGCAGGUGUUCCACGCCGGCACGGCUCUGAAGGAAGGAGGCGUGGUCUCCAGCGGGGGGCGGGUCCUCACUGUCACCGCGGUCAGGCCGUCACUGGAGUCGGCCCUGCAGGCGGCCAAUCAGGGCGUGGCCGCCGUGGGCUUCCCGGGGGCCGUGUACCGGCGCGACAUCGGCCACCGGGCCAUCGCCCACCUGAACCCAGACCGCAGCCUUCACUGUGUCUCUGACAGAGGUCUGACCUAUAAAGGCUGCGGAGUGGACAUCGCUGCUGGAAACAAGUUGGUGGAGAUGAUCAAGCCUCUGGCCAAGGCGACGUCCCGCCCCGGGUGUAAUGCAGAACUGGGAGGCUUCGCUGGGCUGUUUGACCUGAAGGGAGCCGGUUUUGUCGACCCGAUCCUGGUUUCUGGGACAGACGGCGUGGGGACCAAACUCAGGAUUGCUCAGGCGUGCGGUCGGCACGGCGGCCUGGGUCAGGACCUGGUGGCUAUGUGUGUGAACGACGUGUUGGCUCAAGGCGCCGAGCCGCUCUUCUUCCUCGACUACUUCUCCUGCGGCAGGCUGGACGUGGACGUCGCAGCGGCGGUGGUCGGCGGCGUCGCCGCGGCCUGCAAGGUGGCCGGCUGCGCUCUGCUGGGUGGUGAGACGGCAGAAAUGCCCGGCGUCUACGCGGCGGGCGAGUACGACCUGGCCGGGUUCUGUGUUGGCGCGGUGGAGCGCGGGGCUCUGCUGCCCCGGCUGGGGGACAUCCAGGAGGGGGACCUGCUGGUCGGGCUGGCCUCCUCCGGGGUCCACAGCAACGGCUUCAGCCUGGUCAGCAAAGUGCUGCAGAGGGCCAACCUCGAAUACAGCUCCCCUGCUCUUUUUGCCGAUUCGGGACGGACCAUCGGCGACGUUUUGCUGACUCCGACGAAGAUCUACAGCCGCCUGCUGCUGCCAAUCCUCCGCAGCGGCGCCGUCAAAGCCUUCGCCCACAUCACGGGGGGGGGGCUUCUGGAGAACAUCCCUCGGGUGCUGCCCCAGGAGCUGGCAGUCGAUUUAGAUGCCUCUCGGUGGAGCAUCCCACCAGUGUUCUCCUGGAUCCACAAGGAGGGGGGUCUGAGCGAGGAGGAGAUGGCCCGCACCUUCAACUGCGGCCUGGGGGCCGUGCUGGUGGUUGCCCCCGAGGAUGCUCAGACGGUGCUAUGCCAGCUCCAAGCUCAUGAAGAGGUGUGGAUUGUGGGUUCGCUGGUCCACAAGCAGCAGGGGGCCAAGCAGGUGGUGGUCCACAACCUGAAACACCGCCUCCAGGGUGGAGGUCCCGCUCCCAGUGGAGAGGUGGGCGUCAAUCAGAACGUAGGUUUCCAUUGCAAAGACAAGAGGACCAGGGUGGCCGUCCUCAUCUCUGGCACAGGCACCAACUUGCAGGCGCUGAUAGAGCAGGCCAAGCACCCAUCGAGCUCUGCAGAGAUCGUGGUGGUGAUCUCCAACAGACCGGGGGUUCUGGGCCUGAAGAAGGCGUCGCUGGCUGGCAUCCAGACACGGGUGGUGGACCACAAACUGUACGGGAGCCGGACCGAGUUUGACGGCACAAUUGAUCGUGUGCUGGAAGAAUUUGGGGUGGAGCUGGUGUGUCUGGCAGGAUUCAUGAGGAUCCUCACAGGGUCUUUUGUCAAGAAAUGGAACGGAAAGCUGCUGAACAUCCAUCCAUCCCUGCUCCCCUCAUUUAAGGGCAUGAAUGCCCAGAAGCAGGCGCUGCAGGCGGGAGUGCGAGUGACUGGCUGCACGGUCCACUUUGCAGCAGAGGAGGUGGAUGCAGGCGCAAUCAUCGUGCAGGAGUCAGUGCCCGUGCUGGCCGGCGACACAGAGGAGAGUCUUUCGGACAGAAUCCGGGAGGCCGAGCACCGAGCCUUCCCCGCCGCUCUAGAGCUGGUGGCCAGCGGCGAGCUCGCGCUCCAAGAGGACGGACGCAUCGUGUGGUCCAGUCCAGUUCCCACAGUUAAAAACCACACAUCCAGUUCUCAUCCACAACUAUAGUCUGCUCAGGAAAUACAAACUGUCUAGAUAGUAAUGGUUUAAUGUUCUAACACCGCUAGCGGUACGUGAGGUCUACCAAGCAUACAUAAAAACAAUUGACAAAACUAAAUUACAUUGAUAUCCUCUUGCAUAAAAUAGGUCAGCAGUUCCCUCUUAUUUUCUGUAAUGUUUUCAGGCAAUAUAGAAGUACAAGAUGCACAGUCUCUCAUUUCCACCUCUAGUGUCACACAUUUAAAGUUUGAGGCUUUUCUAAGAAGUACAAAGACGCGUAAGCAUUUUUUGCUCUUUUCCCUUUAAAUCUAAUGUGUCCGUCAAAUGAUGCCUUCUUUGUGCAAAGGCAAAAUAAAGCUACCAGCAUACUGGAAUAUCUAAAUUAAUUAAUAUUGUUGACAAUG